AUGCAUAGUCCCGAUAUUCAGUCUCAGCUUGAUACUUUGAGGGAGAAACAGGAGAAUAUCAGAAGACUUCUCUCGCAGACUGCGGAGGAUUUUCAGGCAGCACUUUCACCUGGCGUUCAGCUGCCUGGUUCGUCGCAGCAACAACUUUCGAACUCAGCUGCUGAACUCCUUUCGAAGUUUUCCUCACUUGCUACUGAGGGAGAUGCCAGGGGAAAUGGUGGUACUUUUGGAGCCACUACAAAUGGUGACCUGGUUGCUCAACCAAACGGAGAUCAAACUGAUGUUUCCAGGGCGACUUCUGCACAGCACCGUGACGCAUCUUCCAAUGGACAGAAUAAAGAGUGCGAGAGUGCAGAUUCGAAGCUUCCGACUUCUGCAUCGCAGAAGUGGGCGCCCUUGUUUGCGAUUCAAGUAACAAAGUUGACCGACCUCAUAGAAGACUCAAAACGCUUCGAAAGCAUGGUGGACCGGUUGUUGGAAAUAACAAGACGUGCACGUCUGACUGAGGCCUCCCAAUUUCUCAGCGACAUUGUUGUCCGGUUCAAUGAACUUCAAAAAAGUUUCUCUUCGUUGCGGGACAGAUAUGAGCUCUCUGGUUUGCAAGAAUUCUUGACAAAACUCGAACAGAAUAUGGAGACCACCAAAGAGUGCUUUUUCACUGUCUAUCAUUUGGUCAAGUCGAGUAUCGAACAAAAUAUGGCUAACGGUUCGCUUUGUGAAGCUCCGGAAGAUGAAGACGAUGAUUUGCAGCCUCCGCACAGAAAUACAACUACAGAUCAAACAGAGCUGACCAAUACUCAGACAGUCGUACCAAGCUAUGAGGAAUCGCUGGAGGCCCAAAAAGCUCAUUUGGCAGCGCUUCAAGCUCAGACAAUGACGGAGCGUGAAGAAAUAGGACGGUUGCUAAAACAGCGUGAUGAGUUAGCUGAACGGCUUCGGACACUUAGGGCUGCCGCUCUGUCAGCUAGCCAGGCUGUGGACCAAGAAGUAAACGAGUCUGGCGAACAAACAGUUACUGAACGUACUACGGAACCCGCUCAGCCCACAGCCCCGGCUGCUUUGCCUGAUGCGGAGCCGGAAAUCGACGGUUCCUCUCUCGAAACGUUGGGUCUUAGCCCUAUAAUGUUAGCUCAGCUCGAGGCAAAGAGACGCGAGCUUUCGGACUUGCGAGCUCAGUUAGCCCUCCUUCGCAAAGCUGAACAACAAAUGGCUUCGCUCACUACCUCAAGUUUGGCCAUACUGGAUGACAAUGAGGAUGACGUUGAAAAAUUGAAUGAUCCUAAUUCCCGCCGUGAACGUUCUAAUCGUCCGUCUCCAUCGCCUGUCCCGUAUGCUGUGCGGAGGGCUUCGAAGCAUUCUGAAGUUGCCGUAACUGCUGCUGGUCCUGCGGCUGUAUCCGUCCCACAGAAGUUAGACACGGUUACCUUUCAGCAACCGGAAGUUACGGACAACACCGAGCUCCUAUACGAGAACAUACGUGAGGCACGGAUUCGUUUGGAAGCGGAGCGCGGCAAAUCCAGCCCCGCGGUCGAUGGAGCAGAAACUACAAAACAUUUGAUCUCUGCAGCUGUGGGAACCGGCAGAGCUUCUAUUGCAGCUAGCCACGAUCUUACCACGCUGGCAACUUGGGGUGGGUCAUCUCUCGUAGCGUCUUCAUCAGCUGGUUCACCUGCCCCCCAAGCGGAAGAAGACGAACGUACCUGUUCCUCACAUACCAUCCCACGGAUGGCGGAUGCCUCUCAGCCGAAUAGCCGGACCGUCCCUAACCAGGUUUCUCUCCUAUCAACGGACACACCAAAAUCCACGGUGGACCGUUCCACAAUAACCAAGCAAAGCGUCCCAUACCCUGAUUUAUCACCACAGUCUGCUUCCACUGGCCUAGUGAAUCAUCUUCUACAUCCAGAAGAUGGCUGCUUGACUAUGCCGCAGCUCGGUCGAAGCCCAUCACCUCCUAACAGGACUAUCUUCGCUGCUGCAUCAGCCACCGGCAGUCAGCUCCUAUCCGAUGAAUCCAAAUAUUUUGUGCCAGUAACUGGAAAUGCUGGAUUGUCAUGCAUUCCUCCAAGCGCCAUAUCUGUGCAGUCUUCAGCGAUUGAGGAGCUGGCGGAUGCCUCUCAGCCGAAUAGCCGGACCGUCCCUAACCAGGUUUCUCUCCUAUCAACGGACACACCAAAAUCCACGGUGGACCGUUCCACAAUAACCAAGCAAAGCGUCCCAUACCCUGAUUUAUCACCACAGUCUGCUUCCACUGGCCUAGUGAAUCAUCUUCUACAUCCAGAAGAUGGUUGCUUGACUAUGCCGCAACUCGGUCGAAGCCCAUCACCUCCUAACAGGACUAUCUUCGCUGCUGCAUCAGCCACCGGCAGUCAGCUCCUAUCCGAUGAAUCCAAAUAUUUUGUGCCAGUAACUGGAAAUGCUGGAUUGUCAUGCAUUCCUCCAAGCGCCAUAUCUGUGCAGUCUUCAGCGAUUGAGGAGCGCUUGACGCGACUGGAAGCAACCGUAUCCCAACUGUGUCAGCUUUGUCGUUUUCUCACACUGGAGAACCAACAGUUACGAGUUUCAACGAUGAACUUGCUCUUGCACCAAGGACGUGCUUUGCAUUCGGUCGAUCUGACCACGAGUGAUGCGAAUGCCCUGGCGUCUGGGGUAUUGUCGGACACAUCGUCUGUCUGCCCUACACCGGUCGGCUUUGCCUCUAUACCAUUUGCGAACAUACCUUCAUCAGGCAGCUACGCUGUUUCGGCAACCGCCGAUCAGAAGGAAUCUAACGUGCCAGCACAAAGUGACAACCUUCAGUCCAGCUUGGCACAGCUGAUGCAACAACAACUGCACUGCCUCCAACUGCAGCAACAACAAUUUCAGCGCAUUCUGCAGACGCAACGGGGGACGAGCAAACCGCCAAACCUACAACCACCCGUACAUGUCCAACUUAUCCCAUCAUACCACCCCUCCAGCCAAUUCAUACAACCUCCUACAAGUGCUGCUCAUCCCGUGGGAUUCCCAUCAUACGUCGCCAACAGUGCAAUCGAUCUGCCAUCUGCCGGCUCCUCGUGGCCCAUCCCUAGUCUGCCAAACUUAGCCUUUCCUGGUUUUACUGGCACCCAAAUUUCAGCUGCUCAACCUUUUUUACCAGUGGCAUCCACUAGUACUCGGAUUCAACAAUCCCAACAACCGAUUGUUGAUCCGUACGGUAAUUUGUUAUCACCGCUCUCAUCCGUCCAUGGGUUGAACACAGCUCAACUCGAUACCUCCGGUCUCCUGAAUCAGGUGUGGAUUCCCUCCAACCUCAGCUCUGGCCGUAACCACCUCUAAUCUGCGCACCUGCCCGAACCAUUGUUCCGCAUUUUUACGUUUGUGUAACCCCUACUACAGACUAACCAACAACUAAGCAUGCCUCACACACACACACCCGCACCCCAGAUACCAAAGUAACAAUAGAUGCACAAUUUGGUUUUACUUUGUCUUUAUUCCUCAAAUAUCACUUCACACCUCCCUAACCUGUUGUUGUUUUCUCUUGUUUACCUACUCCAUUGUUUUGUGUGAAGCAUGUAUACAUCACAUUGUUCAUUGUAGUUUCUCGACGCCUAUAGAGUUAGAUCUCUCCUUUUUAAUACCCUGGUUGAUCACACUGUGCCUCUCUUCUACAGCGCGCUGGCUGUCUACGCACAAACGUCCAUCAGACCACCGUCCAUUGUAUCCGAGUUCAGUAAAACUAUUAUUUGUUUGUUCCCGUGUAGGUUGCAUACAUCGUUCGCAAAAAGAGAAAUGUGCAUGUG